CCGAGAAAAAAGCUUUCUCCUCAAUCGCUAAUAAUAUUCCGCGAAGGCGCGUGAGAUCACACCAAACCCCUAUAAAAACGCCGACGUCGCCUCUCUAACCAUUCAGAUCUCUCUCUCCAUCCCUCUCCCACUCGUGCCACCAACUAACAUUUUCACGUUAGCAAUGUCAGCCGCCGCGUCUUCCACGAUCUCCGUCGCCACCACCAACCCCCUCAAGAGCUUGUCCCUCUCUUCCAGAUCGCCUCUCCCCUCCGCCUCUUCCAUCUCCUUCCCUUCCCGCAACCCCCGCCGACUCGUCCUCGUCUCCUGCACCACCGGAGACGGAUCCAAACCCACGAUCCUCGUCGCGGAGAAGCUCGGCGACGCCGGAGUGAAGCUCUUGGAGGAUUUCGCCAAUGUCGACUGCUCUUACAACAUGACACCCGAGGAGCUCAACACCAAGAUCUCCCUCUGCGACGCGUUGAUCGUUAGGAGCGGGACAAAGGUUGGCCGCGAGGUUUUCGAGUCGUCUCGUGGACGUCUCAAGGUUGUUGGACGCGCUGGUGUUGGCAUCGACAACGUGGAUCUGAGAGCGGCGACGGAGUUUGGCUGUCUUGUCGUAAACGCCCCGACGGCGAACACGAUCGCUGCCGCGGAGCAUGGGAUAGCGCUUUUGGCCGCCAUGGCUAGGAACGUUGCUCAAGCUGAUGCGUCUGUUAAGGCUGGGGAAUGGAAGAGGAACAAGUAUGUUGGCGUUUCACUCGUCGGCAAGACUCUUGCAGUAUUGGGAUUCGGGAAAGUCGGGACCGAAGUCGCUCGUCGUGCCAAAGGUCUCGGCAUGCGUGUCAUCGCUCACGAUCCCUACGCGCCAGCAGACCGUGCACACGCCAUCGGCGUUGAGCUAGUCGGCUUCGGCGAAGCCCUCGCCACCGCUGAUUUCAUCUCUCUCCACAUGCCUCUCACGCCGGCGACAUCCAAGAUACUCAACGACGAGACCUUUGCCAAGAUGAAGAAAGGAGUUCGCAUCGUGAACGUCGCUCGCGGAGGUGUGAUAGACGAAGACGCGUUAGUGAGGGCCCUUGAUGCUGGGAUCGUUGCUCAGGCCGCGCUUGAUGUUUUCACCAAAGAGCCGCCGGCUAAAGACAGCCCUCUGGUGCAGCACGAGAGGGUCACGGUGACGCCUCAUCUUGGAGCCAGCACGAUGGAGGCUCAGGAAGGAGUUGCGAUUGAGAUCGCUGAAGCUGUUGUUGGAGCUUUGAACGGAGAGCUCGCUGCUACUGCGGUCAACGCGCCUAUGGUCUCUGCUGAGGUUCUGACGGAGCUGAAACCGUAUGUGGUGCUAGCUGAGAAGCUAGGGAGACUAGCGGUGCAGCUGGUGGCCGGAGGAAGCGGCGUGAAGAACGUGAAAGUGUCGUACACGUCAGCACGAGCCACUGAUGAUCUAGACACGAGGCUUCUAAGGGCCAUGAUCACAAAGGGAAUCAUCGAGCCGAUCUCUGACGUAUACGUCAACUUGGUCAACGCUGAUUUCACAGCUAAGCAGAGAGGUCUGAGACUCUCGGAGGAGCGUGUGGUCUUGGACGGGUCACCAGAGAACCCGUUGGAGACGAUAACUGUGAAGCUAGGGAACGUGGAGUCGAAAUUCGCGAGCUCCUUGUCUGAAUCAGGAGAGGUCAAAGUAGAGGGAAAGGUUAAAGACGGAGUCCCGCAUUUGACUAAGGUUGGAUCAUUUGAGGUGGAUGUGACUCUUGAAGGUAGUAUCAUACUGUGCAGGCAGGUGGAUCAACCAGGUAUGAUCGGUACGGUGGGGAGCAUUCUUGGAGAGUCUAAUGUUAAUGUUAACUUCAUGAGCGUUGGAAGAAUCGCACCGAGGAAGCAAGCUAUUAUGGCGAUUGGUGUAGAUGAUCAGCCGAGCAAGGAGACUCUUAAGAAGAUUGGGGAGAUUCCAGCGGUGGAAGAGUUUGUUUUCCUCAAGCUCUAGUUUGGUGUGUUGUUUGAUUAUUUGAAUGUGAGGAUUUGAUGUGGGUUUAAGGCAAUAAUGUUAUUCUUGGCUUUCUUACAGUUUUGGUAAUGUUUGAGACUUGAGAGUAAUAGUAGUAUCUUUGAUGUUUUCAACUUUAUGGUUCAUU